AUGCGUCAAUCCAUUCUUACUUUGUGGUUUACCACAUUCUUCACUUUGUUCGUACCCGUUCUCAGCUGCUACCAGAGAUUAUAUGUCUUCUACAAGGAAUACCAGAACUGCCAUGAAGCUCAGGCAUGGGGUCUUGAUCAGAAACUCAAACUGGAGUGCGCAGCGUUAGGCCAAAAGUUCAAGGACCUGAACGCGAAACCUGAAAUGCAGCAAAUUUUCGGCCGCGACAUCACAGCCGACAUGGCUGAAACUAUUACUCUGCCUGACGAUAACCCCAACUGCAUCGCUCAGCAGUGCGUCGUUACUGCCUGGAGAUACCGCGAAUGGCAGACCAACAUGGAGAACAAGGCACUUCCUAGCGUUAAUGGUUGGCGGUUCAACCACGCUUUUUAUGCACAGAAAGUCGAUUGCUAG